AUGGGAGUCGAUCGUAAGGGUGUGGCGGAGGACCGGCUGCCAAGUAGCAAGACAGUUGAAUUGUCAGUUGUCGAAAAUGCAAUCCAAAUUUUGGCAAAGCGGACUUGUGGUGAUCCGAAAGUAGAAGAUGUGGUGAAGACGUACAAGAGCACCGCAGCCAGCACAGGGACGUGGUUCACAUUGUUCGAAGGAUUGCCACCCGCUGCCAUCAUUGAGGCACACCCGCAGCCGGACAUUUCCGGAGCCGUUGAUAUAGCGACGGUCACGUUCAGAACCGCACAGAAAGAUGUGAAGCAUGGUCUUUCGGCUAUCGCUCUAUCACAGCUCGGGCUGUCGACAUUUGAUAGCAAUGCGGUGUUCCGCGUUAUUUGA